AUGUCAAAAAGAUUUAUCCUUCUUUGUCCUUCCCCUACUUAUCUUCCAUUGUUUCUUGCAUCCUUUUAUAUGUUUCUCACCAUUCAAGCAGAUAGAAAUGGCUUGAUUCUUGACCUCAUCCACCGAGAUUCACCAGAGUCUCCCUUGCACAAUCCUUCCUUGACUCCUUUCCAGCCUGCCAAAUAUGCUGUCCAGCGUUCAUUUGAUCGUGCUCUUACUUUAGAUUCUUCAGGAGUUCUGCCAAAUGGUGGGGAGUACCUCAUGAGAAUAUCAUAUGGUACUCCACCAGAAGAGACACUAGCCGUUGUUGAUACAGGUAGCGUUCUUUCUUGGGUCCAAUGUUCACCUUGUAUCAACUGUUACAAGGAAAAAUUUCGUCCCUUUAGUCCCAAAAAAUCUUCAACAUUUAGGGUUGUCCCUUGUAGCUCGGACACUUGUCAUUUAUACUACGCAAAUAAUAAUACCUGCGGAGCAAAUUCAAUCAAACCUAGCAUGCCCUGUCCUUAUGGUAUUGUGUACAACGAUCGAUCGUAUACUAGAGGUGUUCUUGCAUUUGAUACUAUCAGCUUGGGUGAUUCCAACAAAAUUAGGUCCUUCCAACGCUUUGGUUUUGGAUGUGGAUAUGAAAAUGUUGGUACGACUUUCCCUUAUCUGGGGAGUGGCCUAGUUGGUCUAGGCUACGGGGAAUUUUCACUUAUUUCACAAUUAUAUCCUACAUUUAGUGGUAAGUUUUCCUAUUGCUUAGGGCUAUCAUUCGACACUAGUGCAAAGCCUGGUAAAAUCAGUUUUGGAAAUGAUCAGUCCAUAACUUAUAGUAAAGGGGUGGUUUCAACUCCAUUUUUUACAGAACUUGGAUCACCUUACUAUAUGAUAGAUCUCCAAGGAAUUAGUGUUGCAAAUACAACGUUGAAGUUCCCUAAUUACCUUUCGAGUAUGCCUCAAGUACAAGGAAAUAUUAUCAUAGACUCAGGAACUACAAUAACGUUUCUUCCUCUUGAUUUAUACGUUGGAUUAAGAUCAGCUGUAGGUGGUGCAAUGGGAAACAAAACCGUGCCAGAUCCAUUCAGCAAUUUUGAGUUAUGCUAUGCCUCUGUGAAUGAAACAAAGGUGCCUGCAGUCACAUUCCAUUUCCAGGGUGCAGAUUUGAAGUUAGAGCCUGUGAAUUUAUUUUACAGAACUUCUAAUACUUCAGUUUGCUUAGCUUUUCUCCCGAGUAAUUCUGUUGCUAUACUUGGCAAUGUGGCACAUAUGAAUGUCAAGGUGGGAUAUGACUUAGUGAAGAAGAUUAUUUCCUUUAUGCCAAAAGAUUGUUCUCAUAAAUGA